UUCCACCACCUACUAGCACAUCGGUGAACCGAAUCUUACCAGUACGAUGGGGAGGUGGCCCUCACCGGCGUUACUGGCGAUCUUCGUAACCAUCGCCCUUGCCAUGAAUUCAAUCACCCCGGCUGCCGCUCACACUGGACUCAAGGUAGGGUUCUAUCGUCACAGCUGUCCCCAAGUGGAGGCCAUCGUCUACAACUCUAUGGCUCAAUCCACCAAGGCCGACGACACCGUUGCACCUGGAAUCCUUCGGAUGGCGUUCCACGAUUGCUUCGUCCGGGUACGUGAUCGUCUUGAUUUGCAGCACCCCAGCCAGCUGGAUCGAGUCGCAGAGCUUGCGCUGAGAAGUACCUGGAUUUCAAAUUCAGUUUUCCCGAGUUGUCUGCUUCUGCUUCAGAUGCUUCACACUGUAACCGCAACAUCUCCUCACAGGAUUGUUCCGUCUCUGUGGUUUCUUCAGGGCUGCGACGCUUCCGUUCUGCUAGAAGGACCCAAUACAGAGCGAAGAGCUAGAACCAACACGGGACUCCAUGGCUUUGACGCCAUCGACGCCGCAAAAAGAGCUGUGGAGAACGCUUGCCCGGGCGUAGUCUCAGCCGCCGAUGUGUUGCAGUUCGCCGCCCGUGACGCAGUUGUACUGGCUGGAGGUUACGGGUGGCAUGUGCCCGCUGGGCGUCGAGACGGAACGGUUUCCAUCAUGGAAGAAGCACUGAACCUGCCCGCCCCGAGCAUGACCGUGUCCCAACUCAUAGAUGUGUUCGGGCGGAAGGGCUUGAGCCCCUCCCAAAUGGUAGUCCUAUCAGGUGCCCACACCAUCGGAAAAGCCCCGUGCGUCACAUUCGACGACCGCGUUCAGACAACCCCGGUGGACCCAACUCUGGCUCCCAGCUUCGCCACGUUCUUGAAGGGGCAGUGCCCGUAUGCAGCAAUCCAAUCCACCAGCGUGGACAUGGAUUCCACCGCGCACACAUUCGACAGCCAGUACUUCAAGGACAUCAUCGCCGGGAGAGGCCUGCUCACCUCGGACCAGAGCCUGUUGUACGACUCCCGCACCAGCGGGGGUGUGUACGCCAACAACGGCGCGGCAUUCUACCGCAACUUCGCCAAGGCGAUGGUGAAGAUGAGCCAGAUUGAGGUGCUCACAGGUUUGGACGGCGAAAUUCGGCGACAGUUUGACCAGGUGAACAGCCACUAGAAAGGAAAGGGGGCCCAGGAAACAAGGCCGCCCAGAUAUGGAGAGCAUCCGUGUAUCAUAGAGUAGAUUAGGACGAGUUCAUUGCACAUGGUGAGCGUCAACUGCCACGUGCUCAUUCUUUCCGGUGCACAGCAUCGGCAUGCUUUGCGUUGCUUGUCGUAAGCAAUUUACCGCA